AUGACUUUGAUCACUUGGAUUUCCUGGCCGCUGAUAAAAAGCCUGUGGGCCGCUUGGGGCAUUCAGUUCUUGGUCACUGUUGGCCUUGCCUGCGAGAUUCUUCUGGCAACGUUAGGAAGCCGUCGGAAAUACAUGACUUGGAAUUUAUCUAGAUUCAUCAUUUGGGCCACCUACCUGCUCCUUUCUAAUGUUGCAACAAUUGCACUAGGCAAGCUUACUUUGGUUCGCAUUCACAAUCCUGAAAAUCCGGGUAACGAUGCAGUGUUGGAAGGACUAUUGGCCCCAUUGCUUCUGAUGCAACUUGGGUAUCCAGACAGCAUAACGGCCUAUGCAGCGGAAGAUAACCUACAGGGAUUGAAACAGACAGGGAACAUUGUGGCUAAGGUUGGCUUGGCGGUCUGGGUUCUCAUUCGCUGUUUCGACAGCUCGUCCUCAGUCUCAAGCCUGUACUUCCCCUUGAUCGUGGUCGGAAUCAUGAAGUCAGUGGGGUGGGUCUGGGCUCUCCAAUCCGUGUAUGAUGAGAACUUGGGCAUGACAUCUGAGUACAUCAAUGAAUAUGACAGCGAUCAAAGAUUUUUCAAAGAGUUCCCCCAGGAUGAGAAGUUCAAGUCCGCAAAGGACAUCUUGCAGGCCUAUUUUCGGUUUCGUGGUUUGAAGCCCCACUUGAUGAACUGGCGGUACAACCCUCUGUUCCUACCCCACGAUUGGACGUCCAUCGACAGUUACACUGCCAACCACACUUUCUCCAUAACUGAGAUCGAGCUAAACUUCAUGUAUGACACGCUCUACACUAAAGUGCCAGUUCUGUACACCAAUUUUGGCCUCAUAGGCCGCUUCUUCGGCUUCUUCUGCUUGGUGUCUGCCUUGUGCGCUUUUGCCACGAUCUUCAAGAAUGCCUUCUUGAUCGAUAUGUACAUCACCUAUACCUACGUGUUACUGAUGGCAGUCACAUCUCUCGAGCUUUAUCAAAUCUUCAUUCUGUUGUUUUCGGAUUGGGCAGUGGUGAAGAUGAGUGUGAAUCUUAAGGUGCCGCUCAUCCGAAGGCUUCUCCCAUUUCUAGCCAAACAGUGCAUGAAGCAGAGAAGAUGGUCAAGGUCGGUAGGGCGGCUCAAUUUGUUAGACCCCCACCUCUUGUUCAAAGAAUUUCCGAAGCCCAUUGCCACGGUACUUGAUUGGUAUGGGAAAAGGGAGAUCGUCUGGAGGUAUUGGUUACACUCCCGCCAGGCCAUCCCCUCGUCCCUCAAGGUGCUGGUUGUUCAAAAUAUGGCAAAGCUAGAGAAGAAAAUACACCUCCUGCCCUUCACAAAAAGAGGCAAGUGGAUGCUCAAGACUCAUGGCAUCCAAGAGAAACAAGUACUAAGCAGUAGCAUGGAGACAACAUUCGAUAGGAGCAUCAUCAUCUGGCACAUCGCGACGGAAAUCCUACACAGAUUGGAGAGUGAGUACUCCAAUGCUUGUACAGGCAGCAAACUACUAUCGGAUUACAUGAUGUACCUCCUCGCUUUGCGUCCUCACAUAUUGUCCCUCACCACUGCCGACAUCUUACUGGAGUAUGCUUGUUGCACACUGCGGCCCUUCUUAAGGAACCGAGACUAUAAUGAAGCAAUUAGCACACUGUCAUCACCGGAUGGAGAGGUCCCACCCCCCGUCAAACCAAGUAAGGAGACGAGGAUCACUCGUGACUGGGACGUGUUGUCGGAGGUGCAGAAGCUCGUGGUCGACCUGAGGACGUUGGACAACAAGUGGGAGCUCAUCAGCAGUGUCUGGGUGGAGAUGCUGUGUUUUGCAGCGUACAACUGUCAGGUGUAUCACCAUGCCAAAUCCCUGAGAAAAGGAGGUGAGCUUAUCACACAUGUGUGGCUCCUCUUGGCUCACAAGACCAACAUCCCCAAGCUUCCCAAAGAUCUUGCCACCACGAGUGAAUCUCCCCCCUCGGAUUCUCAGGAAGAGAGAAGCUAA